GUUUCUAGAAGGCGACUGACCCCGAAACACGGGAACAAAACCAACCCCCAAAAAGGACCUCCUUUUUCCCUCAUUUCGCUGUUUGAUCGAUCGAAACCCUUCAAUCUCGUUUAGGUUUUCUUGAAUUGAAAUCUCACAUCGAGAGCUCAUAGAAUUCUGAAUCUGAGCAUAUGGCUGAGGAGGGUCACAAGGUCACCUUGAAUGUGUAUGAUCUCAGUCAAGGGCUUGCUCGCCAGCUUUCGAUGUCAUUCCUGGGCAAGGCAAUUGAAGGCAUAUGGCAUACCGGCGUGGUGGUGUAUGAUGAGGAAUACUACUUCUCUGGGGGAAUUCAGCAUGAUCCUGCUGGAAGAACACCCUAUGGGACUCCAAUUCAUGUAGUCGAACUGGGAUUCACACAUAUCCCCAAGGACGUGUUUAGGGAAUAUUUGCAAGAAAUCAGCCCACGAUACACUCCCGAAUCCUACAAUAUCCUUACACACAACUGCAACAACUUCAGCAAUGAGAUUGCUCAAUUCUUGGUCGGCAUUAGCAUCCCUGACUACAUCCUCCAGCUCCCGAAUGAAGUCAUGAGCAGUCCAAUGGGCGGUCUGAUAUUGCCAAUGAUCCAACGGCUCGAUAACACACUUCGAUCCGGCGCUGUUCCACAAGCUGCUCAGUUCACACCAUCACCUACCUUAGCUCAACCAACAACGAACAAACCUCCAUCUGGAAAAUCUGACAACCAAACCACAGAAGCAAAGAAUGUCACCGUAAAGCCAGCAGCAGCAAUUGGGAAGCAAUCAUCACUGUCAGCUGGUGAUGCUCGGGCGAAGGUUCAGGAAGAGAUUACGAGAGAGUUCGAGGCGAUCAUGGCCAUGGGAACUCUGCGUGCAAGCGAGGCCGCUGCUCUUGCGACAAGAAGAAUUAUGCAGAAGUAUGGUCAUCUGAAAAGCACUUCAAUGUCACAAGGUUAGUGAAAAUUCUUGUUCAACAAACACACCAUUCUUUGGCAUCAUCAAGCUCAUAAAAACUGUGACUCUGUUCUUGAUGAUUGAUUAAAUUGUUUUUCCUGGGAACUGUACUAUAAAAACUCUUGUUUGACUGAUUCAGGAUUCAUCAAUUUACACUCUUUUCUACUCUG